AUAAACCGAUAUCGUUCUUGUCUAAUUAGAACGGUUAGCUUUGUUCUUGUUUGAUAAAGUUUGAAGCUUUGAUCUUCACCCAUGAACAGAUUGCUCUUUUUCCGAGGAAGAAAGAUUCAUGAUCAUCAUUGGUGACAUCUGGGACUUCUCGCUUGAUGUGAAUUUCAGCUUAGCUUAUUAGGUGAAAUGUGGAGAAGUUGCAGAUGCUAAGAAGGUGUUCGAUGAAAUGCCUAAGAGAGACAUUACUGGUUAUUACCAGGACUCUUUUGGUAUCUUUAUAUCUCGCUUGUUAAUAUGUAUUCGAAUUUCGGUAAGGUAGAGAAUAUGAUGAAGGUGUUCACGAUUUGGUUGUGUUCAAUGCUAUGAUCUCUGGUAAUGUGAGGUGAUGUUUUUGGAUGGUCACUUUUAAACAGAUGUUAACUCAUGGCUUUGAAGAGAUUAGAGCUUUAUGCUUGUAUGGUGGAUCUUUUGGGCCGAGCAGGAAAGCUUGUUGAAGCCUAUGAUAUGAUCAAGACUAAUGCUAAUGCAGCUAGAUUUUUUUUGUGUGGGGCCCUUCGUUAGGUGCGUGUAGGAAUGAAUCAUGGGAGCAUUACUCUUGCAAGGGUUGCAGCAGAGCAGUUAGCAGAGCUCGAACCAGAGAACUCAGGGAAUGGUGAUUGCUUCUGUUCAGUUUGUACACCAAUGAUGGUAGUUGGGAAAGUUUGUUGGCUAUUAUUUUCGUAUAUAGACUUGUAUUAAAAAGACAAAGUAAACCUUUAACUGAAAGUCCAGCCACGGCCACGUGUUUGUGCAAUGUGCUGGUCCUGGUCCUGGUUAUGAAUUUAAAGCCUUCGACUUCUUUCUAGUUAUGAAUAAAGAAAUAAAAUCUUCAGACCAGAGGAACAGCGAAUGUCUCUCGACCUACAUAUCAGAUUCAGACCAGAUCAAGGUGAAAGAAUGGAGGAAGAAAAGCGAGUGAAGAGAAGAAUUGUUUUAGUUCCAGUUCCAGCGCAAGGUCAUGUCACUCCUAUUAUGCAACUCGGGAAAGCUCUUCACUCCAAAGGCUUCUCCAUCACUGUUGUUCAGACACAGUACAAUCGAGUUACCUCUUCCAAAGACUUCUCUGAUUUUCACUUUCUCACCAUCCCAGGCAGUUUAACCGAGUCUGAUCUCAAAAACCUCGGUCCACUCCAGUUUUUGAUGAAGCUCAAUCAAAUCUGCGAGGCGACUUUUAAGCAAUGUUUAGGUCAACUGCUGAAGGAACAAGGUGACCAUGAUGAGGUUGUUUGCGUUGUCUAUGAUGAGUACAUGCAUUUCUCGAAAGCUGCAGCUAUUGAGUUUCAAAUUCCGAGUGUUGUCUUCAGUACUACAAGUGCUACUGCCUUUCUCUGCCGCUCUGUUUUAGCCAAAGUCAACGCAGAGAAGUUCUUGAUCGACAUGAAAGAUGUUGAAAUGCAAGACAAGUUGUUUCCAGGGUUGCAUCCUCUAAGGUACAAGGAUCUACCAACUUCAGCAUUUGGGCCAAUAGAGAGUAUGCUCAGGGUUUACAGUGAAACCGUUAACACUGGAACAGCUUCCGCUGUUAUCAUCAACUCAGCGAGCUGUCUAGAGAGCUUGUCUUUGGCACGGUUGCAACAAGAACUACAAGUUCCGGUAUAUCCCAUUGGUCCGCUUCACAUUGCAGCUUCUGCACCAUCUAGUCUGCUAGAAGAGGACAGAAGCUGCAUCGAGUGGUUGAACAUGCAGAAACCAAGAUCAGUUAUAUACAUAAGCUUGGGAAGCUUAGCUCUAAUGGAAACCAAAGACGCCUUGGAGAUGGCUUGGGGGUUGAGUAAUAGCAACCAACCUUUCUUGUGGGUGAUCAGACCCGGUUCCAUUCCUCCCUCGGAGUGGACAGAGUCCUUACCGGAGGAGUUCAGCAAGUUGGUUUCAGAGAGAGGUUACAUUGUGAAAUGGGCGCCGCAGAUGGAAGUUCUCAGACAUCCUGCUGUAGGAGGGUUUUGGAGUCACUGUGGAUGGAACUCGACGCUAGAGAGCAUUGGGGAAGGUGUUCCAAUGAUCUGUAGGCCUUUUACAGGUGACCAGAAAGUGAAUGCGAGGUACUUAGAGAGUACUUGGAGAAAUGGGAUUCAGAUGGAGGGAGAGCUGGAGAAAGAAGCUGUGGAGAGAGCUGUGAAGAGGUUGCUUGUGGAUGAAGUAGGAGCAGAGAUGAGGAAGAGUGUUGUUGAUUUGAAAGAGAAGUUGGAAGCCUCUGUUAAAAGUGGAGGUUCCUCAUGCAGCUCAUUAGACAACUUUGUUAAUUCCUUGAAAACGAAGAAUUUCAUGCAGCAAUGAGAUAAUUUAUGUUCAUAGUCAGAAGUGUAUCAGAAGAGGUUCAUUUAGCAUUAUGUAUCAAAUGGCAUAAAGAAAAAAAAGAGAGGACGUUAUUUUAUUUGAAGUGUAAUGAUUUGUCAGUUAUCAGUAAAUAAAAGAGUUGAAAGGCU